UAGUCCUUAAUGGCCUCCACACUCCAAUCCACCUUUUUCUUUCGCUGCCGAGAUGACCCGUCGCGCCGUGCCGACUUGGCUGGAACGAGGCGUCACCACCUAACCAUGCCCAAACCAGGUGCCGAAUCGCCUAUAUUACCCGGAGCAAAUGCUACACCUAGCAACACACACCAGUGCACAACCUCUUCCUCCUCUGUUCUUCUCUACUUCUUGCCUGAUCUACUGGUAACAGUGAACAGGGUGAGCAAGGCAGAGAGAGAGAGAGAGGAGAGGCUUUUCAGAGGACUCUGCUUUCUCUUUUGGUAUUCUUGCGAAUUUUUGUUUUGAUCUUUUCCGUGCGUGCUCUUCUUGAUCGCCAUGGCUUCUGAUGUUGCGAUGGCGAUUGUUCUCUCCCUCGGCUGCGCCGUGGUGGGCGGCCCCGAGGUGCUCCGCGUCCUGCUCGGCCUCUCCGGCCGGAGCCUCGUCGACGACGUCGCCAUUUGCGUCUUCGUCUUGGGCGCCGUCACCGCGCCAGUCCUCGGGAACAUGCUUCUCGCGCGCUACGUCCGCGUCGUUCGAGGCGCCGCCGCCGCGGCGGCUGCGCCUCAUGCUCCCGCCGUGGAUCCCUUCGCGCGGGUGACUGUUGCGGUGGCGCUCGCCGUCGCCCUCGUCGUCGCCGCCUGCCUCAUCCUCGUCGUCCCCUCCUCCGCCCACUCCGCCAGCCGCGACCCCGGCUCCGGCGCUGCCUGACGCGCCACGCGACCCUGUUCGUCCUGCGGAACAUGUCCCUGUGGAGUGGUGAACUUGGUGUCUGGUGAACAUGUCCCUGUGGUGAACUUUAGCGGUUAAUCAAGCUCUCCUUGCACACGCACCUCAUGCAGAGGAAGUAGCUGUAGAUGUUGGGUUUUUUUUUUCACUCAAUGUUGUAAUGUUCGUGUCAAUCUGCAGCCGAGAGAUAUACUACUACCAUGUAGUACAACUUUUUCUCUCAAGAUAAAACAUUAUACUACCUUUUUUCGCCAGGCAAA